AGUUCCAUGAAGUCUUCUCAGGGUACAGGUUUUCCUCAGCUCCCUUUGAAGGAAUAUGAACACCAUGCUUUACUUGCUGGGAUUUCUCCUUACUACCAUGUGUCUCUUGGUCCUGGGAGUCAACGUGUGGGUUCUCAUCGAUCACCUCCUUACUAUUGAUGUGCCUCCUUCCAUCCCACACCCCAUGAAGUUUCGGAUUCUACACUAUUGCUUUCAUCUGACAACCACAUGGGGGGAUAUACUUGAGAAGAUGAAUAUUUGCUCCAUGCCCCAAUUUUUCAACUUUGUACAUGAUAGCCUUGUGUUGAAGGAGAACCUUGGUGUGUUUGUGAAGGACCUGUAUUUUGGCACCAUCCCUGUGAGGCUAUUUCAUCCCAAGGCAGCCUCUUCCAAACCCCGGCGAGGCAUCAUCUUCUUCCAUGGAGGGGGAGCAUUGAUUGGCAGCUUGGACUAUUACCACAACCUGUGUGCCUUCCUGGCUCGAGAGACAGACUCAGUGUUGAUGUCAGUGGGGUACCGAAAGCUUCCUUAUUACCACCAUCCUUCACUUUACUACGAUUGCCUGAACGCCUCCAUCCACUUCCUGAAGUCUCUGAAAGCCUAUGGGGUAGACCGCUCCCGGGUUGUGAUCUGUGGAGACAGCAUUGGAGGUGGGGCUGCAGUUGCUAUCAUUCAGACCUUGUUGGGUAGAACAGAUAUCCCCAAGAUCCGGGCUCAGGUUCUGAUUUAUCCAAUUCUCCAGGCAUUUUAUUUCCAGUCCCCAUCACAUCUGAUGAACAGAAAUAUCCCAUUCCUCACCAAAGAUUUCUUGAUUACCUGUGUUUGUAAAUAUCUGGCGAUUGAUCGCUCCUGGAAAGAUGCUAUGUUGACAGGUGCGUGUAUAUCCCCUAGUGCCUGGAAGAAGUACGAGAAAUGGUUAAGCCCUGACAACAUCCCUAAAAGGUUCAGGACUGAAUACCAGCGACAUGAGACACCUUUUAAUGAAGCUGCUUAUCUAGAAACCAGACAUACAAUGAAUGUAGACAUUUCUCCCCUCAUAGCAGAUGACAAAAUCAUUGCUCAGCUUCCUGAGGCAUUCAUAGUGAGCCUUCAUUGGGACAUUAUCCGUGAUGAUGUUUUGCUCUAUAAGAAGCGCUUAGAAGACCAGGGCGUUCCUGUGACCUGGCACCAUGUGGAGGAUGGCUUUCAUGGAUGCAUAUUGUUCUUUGAAAAGAAGUUCUUCUCAUUCCCCUGUUCCUUGAACAUAGUGAAUGCUGUAGUCAGUUAUAUAAAGAGCUUAUGAACGACUGCUGCCCAGUGACAGAGCAACUGCUUAACAUGCACAAGGCCCCACUCUAAUCCAAAGCAGGAAAGAAAAAUGAAACUUAAAAUACAGAAAUAAAAUGUAGAAGAUAUGACAGC